AUGAAGUACCCACACAUCCCACCAAACGCCCAACCACCCAUGAAGUGCCCACACAUCCUACUAGGCACCCUGAACCUGAAUACCCAACUACUCACGAGGUACCCCACACAUCCCACCAAACACCCAACCACCCAUGAAGUACCUACACAUCCUACUAGGCACCCUGAACCUGAAUACCCAACUACUCACGAGGUACCCACACAUCCCACCAAACACCCAACCACCCAUGAAGUACCCACACAUCCUACCAAGCACCCUGAACCUGAAUACCCAACUACUCACGAGGUACCCACACAUCCCACCAAACACCCAACCACCCAUGAAGUACCCACACAUCCUACUAAGCACCCUAAAGAUCCUGAGCCUACAACUGAGCACUUCUAUCCACUAUAUCCAAUCCACCCUCAGAUCCCCGAGAUUCCUUUUAUUCCUCCUGUUUAUCCCUCCCAGCCUGGUCCCUGUGUGUACCCACCCAACCCCUUCCCUGGUUCCCAGUUUCCUCAGCAUGGUUUAUAUCCUGUAAACCCUGAUUGUAUCUCCCCAGUAACGCCAACUUGGGUGUACCCAAGUGUUGUUCCGUCUCCUUGGCAUCCACCACAAACACCUGGACAUAAAACUCCUGGGGUUAAGAGGAAGAAUAAAAGUGGAGGGGUUCCUACUUUCUUCAAACCUUGGUACUCAACUGAUACACAAAUAGCAGCAAAGUAAUAUUUUGUAAAAAAAUUGUAAUUCAUAAAUUAUUUUGUAAAAAAUAUAUGAAAUUUUAUUUUGUUAACAAAACAAGAAAUUA